AGAAGAAGAAGAAGAAGAAGAAGAAGAUUCGGUGACAACAAAAAAAUAAAAAAGGAAGAAAAUUCAGAGGUUGUACUUUCGGGAUGGUGAGAACAAGAUUGGCGAUAUCUGUUGUUCUUGUGUCCACAUUGUUGUUGUUGAAUGUGGAGUCGAAGAGCGUUGAUCCUUAUAAGGUUCUUGGAGUAUCUCGGGAUGCAAAGCAGCGUGAAAUUCAGAAAGCUUUUCACAAGCUAUCUCUGAAAUACCAUCCAGAUAAAAACAAAAAUAAGGGUGCUCAGGAGAAGUUUGCUGAGAUUAAUAAUGCUUAUGAGAUCUUAUCUGAUGAAGAGAAGAGGAAAAACUAUGAUCUUUAUGGAGAUGAGAAAGGACAGCCAGGGUUUGACUCGGGUUUCCCCGGAGGUAAUGGUGGGUAUUCAUACUCCUCAAAUGGUGGACAUGGUGGUGGUGGUUUCAAUUUUGGAGGGCCUGGUGGAUGGCAAAAUAUGGGCGGUGGGGGAGGCUCCAAAUCGUUUUCUUUCUCGUUUGGCGGUCCUAGUGAAAGCUCCUUUGGUUUUGGGAUGGAUGAUAUCUUUUCCAUGUUUUCGGGCGGUAGUUCUAAAGGAAAGGAGCAGUUUGGUGGCUUUGGUAGCUCAUCAAAGGCUGAAUCUAAAUCAAAGAGCAGUACGGUAGCACCUAUCAGAACCAUAAAUUCUCAGGUCUAUAAGAAGGAAAUUAUGGACCAAGGGAUGACUUGGCUUGUGUUGUCGUAUCUUCCAUCUCAAAGGGGAACCCAGUACCAUGAAUCGAUCAUAGAGGAAGUUGCUGAGUCGUUGCAAGGAGCUAUAAAGGUUGGGCGUAUAAAUUGUGAAACAGAAUCCUCUCUUUGCAAACAACUAGGCAUAGUUCCUCGUAGGGCUCCAAGGUUGUUUGUUUAUUCAUACACAUCAAGUGGCAAAGCUACAUUAGCAGAAUAUACUGAAGAGCUUGUUGCAAAGAAGGUGAAAAGCUUCUGCCAGGAACAUCUACCGAGAUUCUCAAAAAGAAUUGAUCUGAAUACAUUCGAUGUUUCUGCUGUUAGCUCACAAAGGACUCCUAAAGUUAUGCUUCUGUCAACAAAGAAAGACACUCCUGUUAUCUGGCGUGUUCUGAGUGGCUUGUACAAUGGACGCUUUGUCUUUUACAAUACAGAGGUCCAUGAUACUUCUGAUCCAAAGAUACAAAAGUUGGGGGUUGACGCGUUUCCGGCAAUAGUUGGCUGGUUAUCGAAUGGGGAGAAGCAAGUCUUGAAAACAGGUAUCACUGUGAAAAAUCUGAAAUCAGCUGUCCAGGAACUUGGUAAAUUACUUGAAGGAUUUGAGAAAAAGAACAAGAAGGUCUCUUCUAAUAGUCAGCCGGGCCAAUCACCUAGCGAGUCCUUGGAAAGGAUACCUCUUCUCUUGAGGUCAAAUUUUGAUUCUAUUUGUGGGGAGAACACUCCUGUUUGUAUCAUCGGUGCCUUCAGAUCUUCACAUGGUAAAGAGAAGUUGCAGUCAGUAAUGUCCAAGGUAUCCCAGAAAUCACUCUCUCGACGACAAGCUUCAACCACAGGUUCUCAGGACACAGUAUCCUAUUCGCUUCUAGACGCAAUAAAACAAUCUGCGUUCUUGAGCUCCCUUGACAAAUCAGAGUUCAAAACUUCUGAUAAGCUCCUAAUAGCUUACAAGCCUCGACGAGGUAAGUUUGCUACAUUCAAAGGCGAUAUGAAUAUGGAGGAAGUUGAGAAAUUCGUAGCAGCUGUUCUUAACGGAGACAUACAGUUCACAAAGACAAGACAGAAACCUCAGAUCAAAUGAAAGGUUUAUUUCAUCAGACAUUAGUUUCAGAGAUGUACAUCGUUUUGGAGGAGAAAGGGUCAUUUUUCACGUUUCCUGUGUUGCAAUCUGCUUUUGAGAGAAAGUUUGUGUAUUGUCAAGAGACGUGAAAUAGUUUUAUAGGACUAGAUUUACGUCAUUGUACUGAGUUCUUUGUAAUUAUUACAAAUUAUAAUAUAAAAUGUUGGGUUCG